CUUGAUCCCAAUUGAUUGUUCAAAUCCUUGAAUAAUUUUUUAUUUUGUUAAAGCCUUGGAAGAAUUGUUAUGGCAGACCAAAAUUCUUGAUUCAAAUCAAAGGGCAGCGUCAAGACUCGAUUGAACGGCAAAACCCCCUCCGGCCUGGUGGACGGCGGAUCGAAUUUCUUCUCCUAUUCGUAAGCUUUUUAUGUACAGGUCAAGAAUAUUUAUAAGCAGCUUGUAAAUUCAAAAAAGAGUAAUUUACCUCAAUAUGACUAAAACAUAAUGAUAUUCUCAAUAUAGGACCAUAUGUUUUUAUUUUCCAAUGGCAGUUGACGUUACCGUCUCUCUCCGUCCCGAAAUGAAAAUAUAUAAACCUCAGUCCAUCCCACAUAUAUCCUCUCUCCAUUUGCCUCUCCCUUCUUCCUUAUUCUCAACCAUGCACUACCCUUUUGUACCCCCUCAUUUCCCCGCCGGCGGCGACGGCAGCGACAGCAACAGCAACUUCUCCCUCACAUUCGCGCCCACCGCCAGGCUGGGCAGCCUUGUUUCGGAGAACGCGAUAAUCAUGUUCGGCCGGCGAGGCUGCUGCAUGAGCCACGUGGUGCAGCGCUUGCUCUUCGGCCUCGGCGUCAACCCCACCAUUUACGACGUCGACGAGGAGGACGAGCCCACCGUCGCUUACGAGCUUUCCAGGAUAAUCCGCUGCGCAGCAGCCGGCGGCAAUAACCCUGCCGCCGUCCAGCUGCCGCCGUUCCCGGCGGUUUUCAUCGGCGGGAAGCUAUUUGGCGGCGUCGACGAGGUUAUUGCGGCUCAUAUUUCCGGCGAUUUGGUGCCACUUCUUAGAAGAGCGGGUGCCCUCUGGCUUUGACUCACUAAUUACUCAUAUUAAAUUUUAUUUCCCCUUUUGAGGUUGCUGGUUUAUUUUAAUCAAAUAUGCCCUCCAUUUUAUAAAAUAGUUUCUAUCUUUAUUUCUUAUGCAUCCUAGUUUAGAUUGUCCAAAAAUACACCUUAUUUAUCCUAUAUUACAGUUAAAAAUUAUUUUGAGAGUAUUUUAGACAUUUCAAAUUCAAAAGAAAUAUCUUGUAAAAUG